GGAGUCCGGGGCUGACAUGGCGGCCCUGGAUAGGGUGAAGGUGUUGGUGCUGGGGGACUCAGGGGUCGGGAAAUCCUCCCUCGUCCAUCUGUUGUGCCAGAACCAGGUUCUAGGGAACCCAUCGUGGACUGUCGGCUGUUCGGCUGAUGUGAGGCUUCACGAAUACAAGGAGGGGACGCCAGAGGAGAAGACAUUUUUUAUCGAGCUCUGGGACGUCGGGGCAUCGGUCGGCAGCGCCAGCAGUGUAAAAAAAGCCAGAGCCGCCUUUUACAACGGCUUUAACGGAAUCCUCCUCGUCCACGACCUCACCAACAAGAAGUCCUCUCAGAAUCUGCACCGCUGGCUGCUGGAGUCUCUCACCAAAGAUCUACAGCCGACGGGUGUGCUGGUCACCGGGGGGGACUACGACCGGGAGAACUUUGCCGAUAACCAGAUCCCCCUGCUGGUCACCGGUACUAAACUGGACCAGAUCCCAGAGGCCAAGCGCACCGAGGUCCUGACCCGCACCGCCUUCCUGGCGGAGGAUUUCAACGCCGAAGAGAUGAAUCUGGACUGCAACAACACGCGUGGCCUUGCCGCCGGCUCCUCCAACGCCGUCAAGCUCAGCAGAUUCUUUGACAAGGUGAUCGAGAAGAGAUAUUAUUCCAGGGACACCAGCACGAUUCCGGGAUACUCGGACCGGAAGCGCUUUGGCGGAUCAUUCAAGAGCCUGCACUAUGAUUAAACACUGGAGGCGUAAUACAGCCGC